AAAACAAGAAAAUUCCACAAAGAAAAAAAAAGCAUAGAUAAAAUUCCGUGGCCAUCCACCAACGUAGUCAAAUCCCCACUCAACUAGCUCCAAACUCCAUCUUCCAAAACCACAACUCCCAAUUCCAAACUCACACACACAAAGAAAAAAAUGAACGACAAAGUCGACAAACUCGUAAUAUUCCUAGCGAAGAGAGACGGCAUCGACAAGCUGGUGAAAACCUUUCAAUACGUCUCCAAACUAGUCCACUACCAAAUCGAGAAAUCCCACCCCGACUACGCGGGCCGGGCCAAGCAGUGGGAGGUCGCCGCGGGCCUCAGCCGCAAGGCCUUCCGCAGCGGCCGCUUCCUCACUGGCUUCAACGCGCUGCGGAGGAGCCCCGGCCCCACCCCGGGUUUGCGCCUGCUGGCCGUGCUGGCCAAUGCGGGGGAGAUGGUCUACUUCUUCUUCGACCAUUUCCUCUGGCUGUCGAGGAUCGGGGUCCUCGACGCCAGGCUGGCGAGGCGAAUGAGCUUCGUCUCGGCCUUUGGGGAGUCGUUCGGGUACGUGUUUUUCAUAAUAGCGGAUUUGAUUAUGAUUAGGGAUGGGAUUAGGGAGGAGAGGAGGAUUGGGGAUGGGGAUGGGAAGGCGGUGGGGAAGAUUAGGGCGGAUAGGGUGAUGAGGCUGAUGGGGGUGGCGGCGAAUGUGGCGGAUUUGUUCAUCGCGGUGGCGGAUAUUGAGCCUAAUCCCUUUUGUAAUCAUGUUAUUACGCUAGGGAUUAGUGGGUUGGUUUCUGCAUGGGCGGGUUGGUAUAGGAAUUGGCCCUCUUAAUUUAUUUUUUAGCAUGCAUUUACUAUUGUCUUUUUUUUAUGUUUGGAAUUAUGAAAAUGGAGAAACGGAGAUACGUGUAUAUGUGGAAUUAAUAUAUGCAUUGUGCUUGCUCUAA